AACCAGUUGAAAAUGGCCGCUUAGAAGUUAUAGUUCAAAUGUGUGUUAUAAUAAUGCGUCAUUUUACAAUGGAAUCCUCCGGAAUUAUUAAAGAAUUAAAGCGAAAUAUUGUAUCUGAAGUAACGAAAUUUAUCGAAUACCCAUUGUUAAAGCAUAGAAAGUGUGGUACAGGAAAAAAUCAGUUGUCAUAUUGCGAACAAAAUAUCCUACGUGAUUGUGGUUGUCGCGAUUGUGGAGGCUAUCUUUGUUCUAAACAAAGAAGAUUUAUGAGAACAGGAAGAGGUUGUCGAAAAGUACCAUUGUGUUGAAUAAUCAGAAAUUUUGCUUCAUUGUUAAGCAUGUGUUCUUUGCAGAGUUUACCUGCAGAUACAACAAUGGAAAAAAUGUAUUCGAUGAACGAUACAUUGAAUGGACACACAAACAUGCAUAGCCCAAAGAAAGAAAACAUGUUUCACAGUGUCCUCAACGCUUUGAACGUACUUUGGGGACAAUUUUCUAAAGUUCCUGCUUCAUUCAUAGCAAGUAUUAAUUAUCCUUUGUCUGUAACAGUUGUAAACAAUGAAAUUUCACACGACCUUUUUAAGAAUCUGACAGGUAAAAGAGAACCAUUAAAUACCGAUAAUGUGUACAUCUCCAAUGGCGAGAUCAAAGAAUCUUUAGAUGUUGUCAAGAGUAUUCAUAAUGAUGUAUUUGAUGAAAAGAAAUCAUACAUAUGCAAAAUUUUUAAUAAAGAUACGAAAGAUAAUUUAAAAUUUAGCUAUGAAUAUAUUGGUAGCAAGAACAAAGAUGCAGAGAGAUCUGAUGAAAAGGAAUCAGUCAUUCAUAAAGAUGUCAGAUGUAAUACAAAUAAUUGUAAUUAUUUAAUAUCACUUCAAAAUUCGAACAAAACAAGUGAGGAGGAAUUGUUUGAAUACAUUUGUUCUGAUAUAAACACGAAGGAAAUGAGUGCUAUGGAAAAUUGUUAUAAUUUUGAAGACACAUACAGUAAGGAUAUGUCUGAUAAAAAACAAUGUUUUAAUUGUAUUAGUAACAGUGUGGAUGAUAAUAUUAUUAUAAAUAAGGAAAACUCUUGUUCAACACCUAGUACAAAUGCAUUAAGUACACAGAUAGUUCAACAAACUGCAGUCUCUAAUUUGUUCACAAAUAUGUUGCAAAAAGUCAUUAGCAGUGUAACAGAUAGAUUUUGUAAAACAGACCUUGUUGAAUCAGACUUGUGUCCAAAACGAUCAUUCUCACCGAGGCAACGGAGGAAACUUAAUAUGGUGGCAAAAGGUCGAGGACGGGGACGAGCAAAGUCGCAGCUUAGGCGUUCUGGAGUCAGCCAAACGAGACACAGAAAGGAACGUACUAAACAUGAUAUUAAAGUAGAUAUAAAAAACGAUUUUAAAUGCUGGCAAGAACUUGAAGAGUAUGAUAUAACAGAAAUUCAGAAAACAGAAGAAUCAGGAAAUUUAUAUUUUGGUGAAGCUACAGUAGAUGCUGUACAAUGUAUUAUAGAAGAAACAGUGAGUCCUCUAACAUAUACGUUUGCCAAUGUAGAGCCCAAAAUUCAGAAACAAAAAACACGCAGAAACAUUAAUUGCGGUAUAUCUAGAUUUUCUGCAAAAAUGAGAAGUAUACUUGAAUGUCCAAAACAAACAGAUACCUUUGAUCACGAUUUUAUUGAAAACAGAUACGAUUUGCAAAAGAAUACAUUUCGACCACGUUUAAUAUCAGAAAGUUCUAUUGACUCAGAAGAUAGUUACUGCAUAGUAUUUGAGACUGGUUCCGAAGUAACUUGCAAAAGUGAUCUUGAAUAUAGCGAAGACAGUGAAGAGAGCGAUGUAGAUCAAGCAAACGAAGAUGAAAAAACAUUCAAAGAUGAAAUAUCUAUAUCUCCGAUUCAAAAAGUAAAAUUUAAUUUGAAUCCAGUAAUUCAUAUAAUGGUGCAUUGGGACUAUGCAUACCGUGCAGCUCGAAGAGGUCCAUGGGAAGAAAUGGCGAGAGAUAGAGAACGAUUUAGAGGCCGAAUAAAUUCUAUAGGACGUAUUCUUAGUCCAAUAUUAACAGUACAGCACAGAACUCAUAUUUGGCAUGAGCGAUUUACACUUACUGAAUAAAGUUGAUAUUCACCGUUCCUUCAAGGUAACUGUAUCAUUCAAAAUUAAUGUCAUAUAAGAUAGAAGAAGAAAUGAUAUAUUAAAGAAAAAGAAAAUAUGUAUAAUAAGUCUUCUAGGAUGACAAAAUAGGCUGUGAGUUACUAGUGUACGAUGUCUGUGUUAAAUUGCAAUAUAUCCGUUAGCGAUGGAAAUAAAUUUUGUUCUUUGUAAUUAUCUAUAUUGAUUGGUGUACUCUACAUACUUGUUUUCACUACAAAUAUAAGCUAUAAGCUGUAAAUUCUUAUUUUUGGUUAGUCUGUUGCAUAUGUAAGCAUAUCAACAAAUGCUAAAUUUUAUGUUCUACUAGACAUGGAAAUUUCAUAUUGGAUCAUUUAAUAUAAUUUGAGAAGAAUGGAAAUUUAAGUUAUAUAAGCAUUUCUCUAUUAAUAUUUCUCAAAUAUCUGAUAACUAUUAAUAAAUAGCAUAAGGUAACAGACUAUAUAUAUGUAAAUAAUGCAUAUAUCCUUGGUUAAAUUAUUUCAUCUUAUUUAUCUAAUCUAUGAAAUAUAAAAUUGAAUUAUACGUUAGUCAUUAAAUAUAUAAAUAGAUAUUAUUUUCGUUGUAUGACAGAAAAAUGAAUUAUCGGAAAUUACUAGUUAUUCAUGUUUCUUAUAUUUAAUAUACAUCAUUUCUUCAUCUGUGCAACUAUUUUGUAAUGAAGUCGAGACUUUUUCAUAACAUUUCCAAUAAUGUAAUUAUAAAAUAUGUACAUUUUUUAAAUACGAGAUUAAGUCACAUAAAAUUACACGUAAUCGUGACAAUUAUGUAACACGUGUAAUAGAGAUUUAAUUCUAUACGAUAUAAUUAAAUCCAUUUCAAGUGGAUAUUAAAUAUUAAGUAUAAAUGUAAAUGAAAAAUGUCCACUUAAUUUCGUUUUCAAAUACGCAGCUUACGCACAUCUGCCUUAUUUAUUAAUAUGCAUUAUUUAUCUUUCAUCUUUUUAUUCGAAAGAUUUCUUAUCAUAAUUUUAUUUAAGAAUUUGAAUAUUUCUUAUGGGUAACUAUUGUAUCGCGAAUAUUGGAAUUAGAAAAAAAUUAUAACAAGGCAAAGCUACAAUAAGUUGAGAAUUGAAAUUCACAAUCAGAUCAAGAUGGUAUAAGAUAAAUUCUAUUUCGGUUUUAAUAAUUAUCUAAUAUCAUAUGUAUUUAUUUGUAUCUAAAGAUUUUAUUUUUGAUCGUAAUUAUAUUAAAUAUGUAUAGAAGACAUUAACGAAAAUACUUAAUAAAUAAAUAUUCAACUUAUGUUCAAGUAUAUAUUUGCAUAAAUAAUGCAUAUUUUGUUCAUAAUUCAAUCGAAUGAACAUAAAUUUGUUUUGAAAUUUGCUAUUAAAGAAACGUUAAUUUAUAAGUUUAGUUUCUGUUAAAUUUAAUUUGGACUAGGACAAAGAAAUUUCUCCUUGCUAAACUUGUGUACUGUUAAUAAUAUUUAAAAUCAAUUAGCAAUUAUUCUGCGUGUACAUAACAAAAGCCAAUGAUAUGUGUGACGCUAUACGAGAAAUCUGUAUAAUUAAAUUAUAAUCUACUUUAUAAUAAUCUUUUACUUACACUUAUUUAACAACUUCUUUCCAUUAGUUUAGAAAUUAUUUUAAGUUCUAAUAUGUAACAUUACAAAAAAGGAGACUCGAUCUUCACGUACGUAGUCGCCUAUGUCUAACUUUUAUCGAGGAAAAUUGAAAUAGUAUUUUCACUUUGGAAAUCAGAGUAAUAUUACGUAUGUAUUUAGUAUAUAAAUAUAUGUAUAUAUUCGAUUGAAUAAACGCAUUAAUCUCUUUUA